CUCUGUCAGCCCCAGUCAGCCAGGGUUCUGGUUUGGGAAAAUGACCCAGCGAAUGACUUCAUGUUAGAUGCUCUAUAUAAGUCGAGGAAAAAAACCAGACAUUCACAGAGUGCACGGGCUGGAUUUAAUCAGAGCCGGGAAACGGCCUCGGAGGGGAUUACGGCCGAGUGAGCCCCGCAGUUAUGUCACAGCCAGCCCCAGUGAAAAAGAAGCGUCCUCCAGUGAAGGAAGAAGACCUCAAAGGAGCCAGAGGAAACCUUUCCAAAAACCAGGCAAUUAAAUCCAAAACCUACCAAGUGAUGAAGGAGUGUGAACAAAUGGGUUGUGCAGCACCCUCUGUGUUCAGCCGGGAUCGGACAGGGGGUGAAACAGUCUUUGAGAAGCCGAAAGGAGAGCCGGCCAAGAGCGUCUUUGGCUGAUGGUGGAGCUGGACGUGUCUCACCCACAUGAUUCUUGUAACAUUUGCCCAGAUUUCUUCCCUUUACACUGAAGUCACUGUAGACCUAAGCAGCUAAUUUCUACUGUAAGUUGUUAAUAGGUAAUAGAUGCUUGUCAAAGGGUACAGCUUCCAUGUUAAUUUUUAUGUGCUUUCUUUCUACGUGUUGAACAGUGUUUGCUUAUAAUGGUUUAAUAACAAAAGGCUGUUGGACACAGCUUGGCACAGGGUGGUGACUGAUUUCAAUGUAGGCUUCAAUUAUUUCUAUGGAUGCUUUGGUGUAUAAGCUAUAAUCAAGUCUGCCAAAUGCAAAGAAUAAACAUCCAGAUGACACA